UAUAAGAAUAAAGAUGCUAAAAAUAAAAAGUAAUAAAAAAAAAUAUAUAUAUAACCAAUGAGAUCUUUUUUCAAAGCAACAUAUUGUUGAAAAAUGAAUCAAUCCUUGAAUUAGUCACGUGUAUGGUUUCAUGUCAGAUAAAGGUGAAAAUAACCCAAUAAAUCUGAAACAAAACAAAAAAAAAGUGAAUUUCAUGAAAAAGCACGUUUGUUCGCAAAUUUUCCAUUAUUAUGACUAAUAAGAGGAAAACCCAUAUGUUGAAUAUUCCAUACAAACAGCUGGAUUACUUAGAUGCUCUAAAAACUAAUAAAAAAGUAAACGUCACAAGAAACUGAUAUGCAUUUUCCUUUUUUGGUGACCAUCAUGACGUUUGAUUCCCACAGAAUAUGACCUAAAACACUGUGAUACGUCAAUGAAGUAUAAAAAUAGUGGUAAGGGUGCGGCGUCAAUGUGAUUAUGAUAAUUGUAGAUAUGCUAUCUCACACGAGAGUGUAUUAACACGAGCCGGAAAAUUGUGAUGUUUAUCCUCAACACACAAGUGUAUUCUAUUGUGUAAUAGAAUAAUUACAACUGAUAAUGAAAAGUUCUGACGACUGUAUAUGAAUGAACAGGAGGAAAAAAAAAGCAAGAAUGGAAAAAGGGUAUUUUUACGAAGAAUCCUAGAAGUCCUGAAACACUGUUGGAUGAGUAAAAUAAGCAUUGAAGAGAUUGGAGGGUACAACUGGUCUACCUGAGCGUGACGAAGGUGUUGCUGGUGGGAGUGUGAUGUACGGUCUAGUGGUGUUGACCACGACGGUGGCGUACGACGCUUGGUGGUGGGAGUGGAGCGAUUGGGGAGUUAUGAAUGAGUCGGUGAUGAAAGACAGGGGGAGGGAAGAGAGUAGUGUCCAGUCUCUGAUGUUGGAGGGAGGUCCACAAAGUAGCUUACCCAAGCAAGCUCCUCCAAUGUAUCCUGGCAGUAAGUGGGGAGGGUUGAAUUGGCCUAAAGCGGGGUGAACAUGGGCCACGUGCUCUUCUCCAUGUAUCAACCAGAACCACCAACAAUCGUAUAUAGGCACUGGUUUACGCCACUUGAGUAUCAUAAACUCGGAGUAUUACCAACACGUUACAUGCGAUUGCUAGUGUUACCACGUAAUAAAAAUACACAGUUACAUCAGUGAUUGUUGAAGUGUAAUUAAAUAACAUUGACUCAAGUAUUUCAUUCAUCCAGGUGGACAUUGGAGAUCAUUGUACUUAGAUCAUCAGAUUAUAAAGGUCUAGGACAUUGGCCAACCCUUAAUUUAUCUAAAGACUGGAAAAUUUGAGACUCUUCUAUACUCUAAGGCUUUACCCCCGCCUUAUUCACAAUCUCCACCACAUUGGCGCUCCUCAGGACACCCUUCCUCCCCCACUCGAGACUCACUCACACUCUGCUCUUCCUCCUUCGUUCACCUCCCCCCUCAUAUAAGAAUCAGUGCAUGGCUUGUGCGGGAACCAGUGCUAAACGGAUUGUGAUUCUGUGCAGACUCAAUAGUGUUUCUGUUAAUGUCAUCGAUGACAUUUGACACGAUUUUACAACACUAAGUCCAACAAAUCAUUUAGCUUUCAAAACUAUUUUAACUUGUGGAGUGAUUUAAGUGUUGGUUAUAAUGGAUUCAACUACUGUGCAAAUUAUCAACACCUUUGGUGCUAUGGAUGUUAUUAUGAUGAGAGAUCAAAGGACUACAUCUCAUCGAGUCUUAGAUCGUGAUACAUCAACAUCAGCUGUUAACAGUGCUCCAAGACUAAUGACAAGGAUGACCAAAACAACGAAACUUGUUCAUUUAUGCAGUCGUCUUAAAAGACAUGUGGAUAUUGAACAGAAUAAUAAUAGUAAUAAUAAUAAUAAUGUUAAACAUUCGAGUGUGAGAUCGUGUAACCCAUGUCAUGUCAGACAUAAUUUCUAUUCGGAAUUUAAAAGACUCACAAGAAAGUCCUCGCGAACAAACAUCACCACGUGGUUAAUUUUCUGUCUAUUUUCAGGGCUAGGAAGCCUUUUGGUGCUACUCCUUGUGGUUUCAGUUCAAAGUGCUCCGACGUCAAUGGCUCUUGACGAUCGGAGACUCAGCCAGCCACCCAAGUGGGUGAACCCCUGUGGUCUAGCAGCUGAAGACAUUGAUGGCAGCUUGGAUGUCGAACAAUUGAAAGAUGAACAACUGCUUGCUCAAGUUGUUGUCCAGGCUAAAACGGCUCUAGAUCAUGCACAACUUUUCUGUGACGAUUUUGUUAAAAAAACGUUUCAUACUACAUUGAACGAUGUACAUUCAACAUGGAAAGAUAAUCAUUACGAUUGGCUGCCAGGCUCCAAAGACAUCCCAAAGCAGCUGGGAGAACAAUUAACCAAGGAAUAUUUAAACAAGCUGGAGGUGCGAAUGCUCGAUACUGCCCUCUUAAAUGCCUACGAGUUUAUGCAGAAAUACGCUGUGGGUUUAGAGCAAAUAGUCUGGGACCAAGAGGAUCAUCGACUUGAGUUUCUCAAACAAUUUAAAGACACCGAGUACAAACUCCGAACGGUUCUAUGUGAGCUACAGGUAGCUUUGAUGGAACGUGGUGUAACACCACGAGCAGACGUGACUCGAGAAGUCAUGACACCUGAAUAUCGUGCUAUGGCAUCAUCAUCAACAUACAGAAAUCUACGAGACUGGCUGAUCUUCCGAGAUUACAUGAAUGGCUUGGAGUAUGUAGUGCAAGUGUUUGAACACCUUAAACGUAACCUGGAAUCUUGAGGAUGGCAAGGCGGUGGUCGGCGUAGGACUACUCGACGACGAAUCAUUCGUUUCUCUAGACGAAUCCCACGAACUCUUUCCACUUCGUGAUGAUAGUUGCUAAGCCAUUCUGAUUAUUGAACUCGAAAUUUUAAAUUCCAAGUAUUACAUUUCUUUUUUUUUUUUUUUUUGGCACUUUUGUGUGGUCAUUAUCAUCAUCGUCAUCAUCAUCAUCAUCAUCAUCAUCAUAUGGUUUAGCUACGUCGAAUUGUGUUAGUCUCUCGCUGGCUAAUCGCCGCCGACUUUUAUCGAUUAUUUUAUCGAUACAAUUAUACAUUUUUUUUUUUUUAAUUAGUAAUGCUAAUCAUGCACGUAUGUACUUUACUGUUUAUUAUUUUUUAAAAAAACAAAAAAUACUAAAAUGUGAUCCAAAGAUCUGUUGAAAUUCCAUCAAGUGCAGCACUUAAUUUUUUAUCAAAACGGAAUUAUUUGAUAGACUAAAUUGAAGUGAUGCAAAAAAAA